ACCGUCUAUUCAUCAAAGUGAAAUGUUCGGUCUCCGCGCUUGGCCCACUCCCAUCCUCAAGCCCCUCGCGCCCUUCAUGUUCGCGUCGGUCGUGACCAUCGCCGGCGUCUGGAAGCUCCAGGACAUGGCUGUCGCCAGCCCCGAGGCCCUCAAGGACCCCAAGAACCCGUACGCCGAGAAGCUCCUUGCUGCCAAGGCGCACUAAGCUAGUCGUUGUGUCGUAAGACAUGCAUGAAUAGAAGCGCGCUGGGAUGAGCGAGAUGGGGCGGGGGCGUGGGGGGUGGCUAGACGGCG